GCUGCUUUCAGUCAGAGGUUUCUGUUGUCAUAGGGAUUCGCUUACCAUGAGCUGCUUCGAUCGGUCAGUUCGUCAGACGACGACGAAUUGUUCGCAAGUGUUGAUACAUAGGAUGUACGUAGACACAGCUGUAUAGCCUACCAGCGGAAUCAAAUAAUCAACUAAAAUGUAACUCGAAAACGGAAGGCUGCUCCGAAGAUGCUAAACCAAAGGGACAUUAUCGACGACAAGUGACUAACUUAUUUUCAUAAUUUUUAGAAACAAACAAGUCAGGAUAACGACAUAUACACGAACUUAUAUGAGAAGAUAAUUCAUUUGUGACGUAUGACAGUUCUUUCCAAAAUGACAAUCCCAUUGUGUUGCGUCGCUCUGCUGGAAUGGACGCAUAGGGAUUUUGGCACCGAUUUUACGCAGCAGACAACAUAGUUGAAUCGGCAUCCUUUUUUUUUUAAUGAGAGAAUAGCAAGAUGUCGAUGUUGGAUUUAAAGGCUCAACAACCGUGGUAAUGCGAUGAGAUACAUGCAGUGACACACCUUCGAUUUCACCGAGUGGAGCAGAAAGCAACGGAAUUCAAGUUUGGACCCCAAUAAGUCCACAACCACAAUAUUCACCAGGAACACCCCAUAUCGUUAAUCAUCUUCACAGGCUCGCAUAGCGAGUCUGUGAGCAGGCCAGAGAGGGACCCUGUCUGCCCCACUGUCCAGCGACACCAUGAGCUGGAGCUUCCUCACGCGGCUGCUGGAGGAGAUCCACAACCACUCCACCUUCGUGGGGAAGCUGUGGCUCACCGUGCUCAUCGUCUUCCGCAUUGUGCUCACGGCCGUCGGAGGCGAGUCCAUCUACUACGACGAGCAGAGCAAGUUCAUCUGCAACUCGGGCCAGCCGGGCUGCGAGAACGUCUGCUACGACGCCUUUGCCCCGCUCUCUCAUGUGCGCUUCUGGGUCUUCCAGAUCAUCCUGGUGGCCAUGCCCUCCCUCAUGUACAUGGGCUACGCCGUCAACAAGAUCGCCCGCGCGGACGAGGCCAAGGGAGGCACCGGCGCCGCGGCUGUCAGGACCGCCGUCGGGGCGUCCGGGGGCUACACCCACCGGAAGCCCCGCAAGAUCUGUUUCGGGGCACGGCAGCACCGGGGCAUUGAAGAGGCAGAGGAGGACCACGAGGACGACCCCAUGAUCUACGAGGUUCCCGAAAUUGAGCCGCCACAUCGGCCGCGGGACCCUUUGCAGCCCACUCCCAGGCCCAAGAUCCGCCACGACGGCCGCACACGCAUCCGGGACGAGGGGCUGAUGCGCAUCUAUGUGUUGCAGCUGGUGACCCGUACCGUCCUGGAGGCAGGCUUCCUGGCGGGGCAGUACCUGCUGUACGGGUUUCGCGUGGCGCCCGUGUUUGUGUGCUCGGGCGAGCCCUGCCCCCAUAGCGUGGACUGCUUUGUGUCGCGUCCGACCGAGAAAACCAUCUUCCUGCGCAUCAUGUACGGCGUCACCGUGCUCUGCCUCACGCUCAACAUCUGGGAAAUGCUGCACCUCGGCGUCGGAUCCAUCUGCGACAUCCUGCGACGCCGGCGCUGCCCGCCCCCGGAGGACGAGUACCAGCUGGGUCUGCUCGGCACCAUUGGAGCCAGCGAGGGGUCUGUGGGCGUCUCGGGUCCCGAGGCCGGCGAGGGCGAAGGACCGGUUGGGGAGGGCGGUGCGGACUACAUCGGAUACCCAUUCUCCUGGAACACCCCGUCGGCACCCCCGGGAUAUAACAUCGUAGUGAAGCCGGAGCAGAUCCCGUACACGGAUCUCAGCAACGCUAAGAUGGCGUGCAAGCAGAACCGGGAGAACAUCGCCCAGGAGGAGCAGCAGCAGUUCGGCAGCAACGAGGACAACUUCCCCACCGGAGGGGAGGCUCGCGUGGCGCUGAACAAGGACAUGAUCCAGCAGGCUCACGAUCAGCUGGAGGCCGCCAUCCAGGCCUACAGUCAGCAGCACUGUGUGGAGGAUCUGCCUGGAGAACACAGGGACGAUAAGCCUCGCAGUAACAUUAUUCAGACCCAGCCCCCGCCCCCGAUGCAGCCCCAGAAGGAGCGGAAACAACGGUCCAAACACGGCAAGGGAGGCAGCACCGGCGGAUGUAGCAGCAGCAACAGUAGCAGCAGUAAGUCAGCAGAGGGGAAGCCCUCUGUGUGGAUUUAAGGCUAGAAUACUCGAUACACAUUAACAGAACUAGAACUAGCAAUGUCUGUACUGGAUGGGAUGCCGAAUGAGUUUAAGACUUCUUUGGAUAGUAAAAUGCUGUAGUGCCUUAGAGAAUCCUGCCAGCUGGAGAAUCUUUGUCCUGCCACUUACUAACUUGAAACAUUGCACCAAACACAAACUAUCUGUUGUUUACAUGUCUCUUGUUCUUCUGGUGUUAGUACAGAUUCUGGGCAUCUGUUCAGUUGUUGUCCCUGUGUUCUUGGGAACUUACCCUUAUAUGUGCAAUUUGGAUAAAGGCUUUGGCUCAGCCCAAUUCCUGGCUGGCUCGUCUUGGGCCUAAAUGACACAUUUAGAAUCUCACCGCAUUAUAACUUGGGUAUAUCAUCAUAAUCAUCCAAAUACAUUGAAAUGCUAUAUCAUUGCAAUGCCCUGGUUUGAUGAAUUGCCGGUGAUAGUGCAUCGACUUGAAAUUGGAACCUUAUUACAGUGCAAAGGCAAUAAAGGGCAGUGUGAACACAAUGCAAUGAGAAGGCCCAAAGCGAAGACCUCAUGAUAGAAGGGUUGUCACGCCCCCUGAAGGCUCUUCCGUCCUUCUUCUGUCACUCUCUUGCUCCAAUGUCCAGUCUGCAAUGAUAUUAUUAUGUGGUCACUUUGAUUUUGAUUGUGUUUUUGUGAAUGUUAAGUGCAUAUUUACACAAAACUUUGCUAUACCAGCCUGCCACUCAGGAUCAGUUGAGUUGGUGGAGCGAGACAGAAAUACUAGCUUCUGUUUUCUUUUCAGAGAACAUGGUGCAAUCCCUGUUAAAUGAUUUAAAGAAGUUCAACUUCACUGUAUUUGUAAUUGUG